AUGGCGCUCAUAGAGUGCAACGAUGCAGCGGUGCGUCUGAUGCGCUUCCGCAGCCGAGCGGACGCGCUGGCCAACUUCCGAGUGGCCAAGAUGAGCCCUGAGUUCCAGCCCGACGGGCGGCGGUCAAGGGAGGCUAUACUGGGGAUGCAUGGGCGCAUGAUAAGCGGGAGGUGGUUGGAGUUUGAGUGGUGUCAUCUUACCGCUGAUGGGCAUCCCAUCAUGGUGCAGAUCGGCGGCGAGUCGUGCCUGCUAGCCGUGUGGCACGACCUCACCGAGUCCAAGCGCAAGGAGGAAGAGCUCCGAGCGGCCAAAGACGCGGCCGAGGCAAGGAGUGAGGCGAAGAACCGGUUCCUGGCGAACAUGAGCCAUGAGCUGCGCACCCCCAUGAAUGGCGUCAUCGGCGUCGCCGAGCUGCUCCUCCGCACCCCCCUCACCCGCAGCAGCGCUCCUACGUGGAUUGCCUUGCUGUUGUGCGCACCGCUGCUGACGGCAAGGGGCUCAGUGGGCGUGCUGCAUCAUGUAGUGUGGUGUGCACCCUCCUCCGGCACCACACUCAUCCAUAUUGAUGUGCUGGAUAUUACCAAGAUAGAGGCGCAUGUGCUGGUGUUGGACCGGAAUCCGUUUGAUCUGAGGAGGACGCUGUCUCAGUGCCUUGCUGUUGUUCGCACUGCUGCUGACGGCAAGUGGCUUAAGUUCCGCGUGCGACAGAUUCUGCUCAACCUGCUCUCCAACGCCAUCAAGUUCACUGACAGGGGAGAGGUGGAGGUGCAAGUAUACCUGCAGAGCCGCCACACCUGGCAAGCAGAUUCAGAGGCACAUUCAGGAGAGGCACAUUCACCAGAGGCACACCUGCCGAUCGACGAAUCUGGGCCGUCCAGAGCUGAGCCUGAGAUCACCAACGGCCCUCUCACUGCCUCCGCCACCACUGCUGCUGCGUUGUCGGAAGGAGCAGCAGGGGCGGGGCACGAGCAAGCAGAAGGUGCACACGCCGAGGCCAAGAAGAGGCAGCAACGUUAG